CUGCCAUCGGACCCGGUGAUGUGCUACCAGCAUGCCAGCCAAUGUGGCACCAACUCGUAACGCAUGCCAGAAACUUUAUUGGGCAGGACUGAGGAUGAGCACUUCUCAGGAAGCCCCGCAAAUACCAAACAUGUCGUGGAGGCUUGCGAUCUAGCGCCGGAAAUUUAUCACUUCCAUAUCCUUCCUCAUCUCGUGGAAAUCCUCCGAUCCUGCAGCCGCCGACUCCUUUGCUUUUGCAUGUAGUUGCUUCGAUUUGGGGCAGGGUAUUCAUUCUCAACGGCAGGAUGCAAUUGCCUCCCAUCGACGUGAUCCUCUCCUGGCCCAAGCCUAACUAUGCCAACCCACACACACGAGGCGAUGCGCUACUCAUCAUCAACUCCAUACUCAUCGCGCUGGCAGUGAUAGUGGUAGGGUUGCGCAUGUAUACGCGCUUGAUUAUCAAGAGGUGGUUUGGUCUCGAUGACGUCUUCACUCUACUUGCUCUGAUGUUUGCCGUUGGCUUGACCACUGUCGUCCUUUUGGCAAACCAGCGAUACGGCUGGGACAGGCAUGUCUACGACAUACCACUCAACAAACUAGAACCGACGUUGAAGGUCGCAAUGGCUGCCAAAGUAGUGUUCACUGGAGCAGCAACAUUCACAAGGUUGUCUCUUCAUUGCUUCUAUUACCGAUUGGUCGCCGACACAGGAAGAUCAUGGUUCAGAUGGUGUGUUCAUCUCAACGUUGCCUACACUAUGGGGAUAUUUCUAUCGUUUCCGUUCAUUGCAAUCUUCCUAUGUACUCCGGUCUCAGAUUACUGGUUAAUUGGCUCACCGCCCAGUAGUUGUUUGAAUGAGGGCACUGCGACACUCAUCUGCGGUAUCAUCAAUUGUGUCGCCGACUUCGCAACCACAGUGACCCCGAUUCCACUUAUAUUAGGUCUCCAUAUGCCACAUCGUCAACGUCUCGCUGUAGCAGGUCUCUUCGCUAUGGGUAUCAUCGUCACCAUUGCCGGUAUCGUCCGUACAUGGUACAUCUACAAGUCACUCUUCACGACUUAUGACAAUACAUGGUACGCGUACCCUCUCUGGAUCGCCGCAGCAGUAGAAAUCGACCUCGGCGUGAUCUGCGCCUCAGCCCCUGUUCUCAGGCCCCUCCUCUCGAAAAUCCCCUUCAGUCUCUCUGGCACCUUCUCAGGUGGUAUAUCAUUGAAGAAGAAGUCUGUUGGGGCCGGGUCUGGCUCGAAGAGAUCCAAGCUGUCAACUACGGCCGCGGAAACCCCCCCAAUCAACCCAAGUACAACAAACCUCUCCUCAAAACGCCGCUCGGAAGCAAUCUGUGCCGUCCCCGACCUCGAUGCCGAUCAGGGCCGCAGCUACGAGCUGAAAAAUUGGGAUGAAGAGCGCACGAUAUCCAGCCCCGAGCCUCAAGAUCAGACACACAGGAGUGCGAGUCGAGAUGCCAUGCUACGGACCGAGAGCAACGAGGAGAGCUCCAAAGGCGGCGGUCUCACAAAAAUGUGGCAGAAGAUGAAGUCGCGAUGGCCAGACUCGGAGGAAGGCUCCAACGAGGACAUGACCAUCACAAGGACGAGCGAAGUCGAGCUCUCAAACGAGCCUGCUAGUGUCUACGGGACGAAGCGCAGUAGUUGGCAUAAAGAUGCCUCCAGGUCACACCGCGCGGUGAAGGAGCACAAAUUGCCCUCUCUGCCACAGGCCCACGAGAACGAAAUAAGCUUCUCCUGAUCCGCGACCGUAAUAUCCUUUUUCUCGUAUAGCGUGCAAGCGGGCACGAUUCAUGAUUUGCAUUUUUGGCGUUGGGUCAGACUAUCUGUCUGGACGGUGCGCUUCUGCCGCCCAGGAACGCGCAUGAUACCACUUGUUUAGAUGAAGUCACAGGCACUGUCGGUCUAUGUUGGUCGCUAGACCGAGACGUUUCCGGCUGGACUGUGAAUGGAUAUAUAGAAGAAGACUUGCAAACAAGGCACACCGACAUACUGCUCAAGCACACAGCUCAACUUCACUGCUCGUGUUUUUGUGCUUAGGAACCCUACUUUGUGAUAAAUGUCGAUUGGAGCAACGGCUUCCGUUUCCUCCUUCUCGGCUCUUUUAUUUUGUACAUCGCGAGCAUCACUGCUAGCCCAGA